AAUCUCUCGAGGUACCACGGGAACCGACAAGCUUCACACCUCCGCAUUCCACCUCGAAUGGCCUUCAAUCCCGACUGUUGCUCAAGUCGUGCAUCCAUCCUACCUCUUUCUAAGCUUCAGUAACAGAAACUCGAUCACACCAGAGCCCAAUCAUCCGAACCGACCUCCCUCUAGUGGGCUAGCUUGCCACCUCGUGUGAUGUGAAACGGAGCGGCCGUUGCUCCCGUUCGUUGCUGUUUGUUUGCGUGUCGCAAACGCAUCUACCGAGCCCGCCCACCAUCGCACCUUUUCGAUAGAACGGAACCUGCUGGGAGCAGCUCGACUUGCAAUCCGGCACCAUGACUGCGUGGAACUUGUUCCGGUACAUGGGAGACAUCUCCCACCUCCUGUCGAAAUGCAUCCUGAUGUUUGCGAUACACCGCAACAGAAGCGCUGAGGGUGUGUCCCUCAUCACCCAGGGCUUGUACGCCAUCGUCUUCUGCACGCGCUACCUCGACUUAUUCUCCCAACAAACGCCAUGGAACCUCAUCUUCAAGCUCUUCUACAUAUCGUCGUCGUUCUACAUCAUUGGGGCAAUGCAGUGGAUUUUCCCCCGCACCAGAGAGCGUGAGAUUUCCUGGAAGGUCGGCGCCGGCGUCUUUGCCGGCUCGCUGCUCUUGUCCCCCUUCGUUAUGAUGAUCUUCGAGGAUUGGUGGGGUUUCAAAGUCUGGCUUUGGGUCUUUUCCCAGAUCCUCGAGUCCACCUGCAUCCUGCCCCAGCUCCUCCUCUUACGCCAGACGACUGUGCCGACCGUCAUCGACUCCUUCUACCUUGUCACACUCGGUUCCUACCGUGCCUUCUACCUCCUCGGGUGGAUCACCCGGGAGCUCGACAUCAAUGACAAGGACCCCAAUACGGUCUCGGUCAUCUUCGGCAUUGUCCAGACAGCCCUGUACCUUGACUUUGCUUGGGUCUACUAUACUCGCCAGCGCGUCAAGCUCCGCAACGGCGGCAUUGUCGACGCCGACGACCUGCGCCGCGGCUGGUUGCUCAACAGGAUCUUUGGCAAGCGCAUCGAUGUGCAAUCUGACGACGAGGAGAGCGCACCGGCGCUCGGUGAUGAUGAUGGCCAGACUCGCCGCGGCGGUCGGCCCAAAUGGGGUGCUCGCGGCAUCUCCGUGAGUGCCGACGAGGGCGUCCUGGACACCGACAGGGAUAACCAGCGCCAGGCCGAGGAGCUCGACGGUGUUGUCGACCCCGAUGCUAAGAUGAAAGACCCGGAUGAGCUUGCUCGCGUGUUGGAUGACGACGACGAUGAUGACCCAAACCGGGCAUCCAGUAGCAGUGGCACGCCCAAUGGAAUCGACAACGGUUCGGAGUGGCGCAACUAGACGUUGGACCAGGAGACAUGAGUUCGAAGGGUAGACACUUCUGCGCCGCUGAGUCGGAUUGGGGGGUAGCUCUGAGAUGACACCUCGGGACGAUGUGCCUGAGUGGUUGGUUACACAUGAUCGGCUAUGAAUGGAUAAAGGGGAAUGCAUGUAUGCAACAUGAUUCUUUUUAGUGCAAGUGUACAGUCUGAGAUCAAAUGACGUCUCGGCGGAGUUUGGACAAAGCUGUUGUAAAGAGGUAUAGGAUAGUUUGUUGUACGUGUUUAUGAGAGAAUCAAUACAGAAAAGGUUUCAUGUCAUUUAUAUGUAAAUGAUUCUGCGGAGAGGUGCCUCGCCGUAUAUGUACUGUGCGUCCUGUGCUGUAUAUAUGCUUGCAACAGUCACGCGAGACUGGUUGAUCCCAAGUGUAUGAACUUGGCUACACCGAACCAGCCCAAGGUUGCUGCUCUGCUCUUCGUGAAGAACAUGUCGUUUGCCUUCUCUAAUCGUCGCCAGACUGGCGGGGCCCAACACUGUAUGGCUCGAUCCUUCAAGCCCGCUCGCCGUCGCAUCUAGGUGCGUAACCUGUAAGCUCUAGAAGCCGCCUGUAAAGCAAACAAAAAGAAGCCCCCCCCCCCUCUUUACAUUAGCUAUGGGGGAUGAUCUUUAAGAGGCACCAGUCCCCCGAAUGAUGUGUAUUUACAACGCUUCGCUCGUGUUCUUGCUGCGCUGCUC